AGGCAGAACAUGCUGUGAUCUGAGAUGUCAUCGCAGAAAAUGCAGCAUGUCUGCAGAAAGAACAGAACAUAUGCAGGAACUGUUAGCGCUUUCGCUUUGCAGUGCUGCUCCACAUCAGGCUGUUCAAACAGCACUGUGCUCUGGCAGCACUAUUUCUUUGCUUGUCACAAUGCCUGCUCUACUGGAGAGACCGAAGCUGUCUAACACGAUGGCAAGAGCACUUCAUAGACAUGUAAUGAUGGAGCGAGAGCGCAAAAGACAGGAGGAAGAGGAGGUGGAUAAGAUGAUGGAACAGAAGAUGAGAGAUGAGCAAGAGAGGAGGAGGAAGAAAGAGAUGGAGGAAAGGAUGUCUUUGGAGGAGACUCGAGAACAGAUCAUGAAGCUCCAAGAGAAAUUAAACUCUUUACAAGAAGAGAAGCACCAGUUAUUCUUACAGCUGAAGAAAGUUCUGCACGAGGAAGAGAAGAGGAGAAGGAAGGAGCAAAGUGACCACACAACCUUGACACCAGCUGCCUAUCAGCAGGGGAUGAUCAUGCACACAGGAGCCCAUCUCAUUAAUAUGCAAGGUAGUCCUGGAGGUCACUCUCGGCACAGCUCUCUUAUGGCAGACCGGGCCAAGCAGAUGUUUGGACCACAAGUUAUAACUGGUCGUCAUUAUUCUUCUCAGCCAUCAUUUAGUCCAAGUGCAGCAGAGCAUGGUCAAUACCAAAGCAGCCAAUCUGGUCACAGUCCCUACACUGUCAGCCAGUCACAACAUAGUUUUGGAGCGAGUCAAGCUGGUCCUGUCAACUAUGCUGGGAAUCAGCCAAUAAGAGGGCCUUCAGCAUUCCAGCCUAUGCAAUAUCUCUCUCACCAACAGCCAGGAUAUACAGUUCAUGGUCAUUAUACUGGAGGUCACGCAGGAUUCAUUCCCCCAAGCAGUGGAAUUCCCCUCCAGAAACAGCUUGAGCAUGCAAACCAACAGUCUGGAUUCACUGAUUCUUCCACCCUUCGUCCCAUGCACCCGCAGGCUCUUCACCCAGCACAGACUCUGCUUCCUGCUCCUCAGAUAGCGGUCCCCAUGCAGCCAUCUAAGUCUGCCUUGUCUUACACCCACCCUUCACGCUCUGCUUCCCCUGGAGGAUAUCCCCAUGGAACUCCCCCUCAGCAACCUCAUACGUCUGGGUUUCAGGCUUCCCCUCAGCAGACUCCUCGUCUUCCUUUCAUGCAGCACAGUCAAAACCAACGCUUCUACCACAAAUAAGCUCCAGUCAAUCAGCACUGAAAUACCAACGUUUUAUUGUGACCUUAGUCUCUAAUGUGAGAGAAGAUUGCAUUCACCUUGGCUGCUGCUUCCAUUCCACACUCUUCAUUUCUCUCUUGUUGCUCAUGCUUCUUUCCUGGGCUAUUUUUCCACAUUUUCUUCUGUUCUUUACACCACUUCCCGUUAUUUAAUGCUCCUUCUCUUUUACAUAAAAUAAAGUGCUUGUAUCCAAGUGUUCUUUGUUGCAAGUUUAUGAAGAAUAUAUUUCUUUACUUUACUAUAAAUCACUCAGUAGCUUGACUUGGUUUAGGAAGAAGAUCAUAUUAGCCUUCCCAUGGUGCAAAAAAAAACACAUUUUCUGUACAAAUAAAACCUUUAAUAAAAUAUAUAUAUAUAUAAACUAGGUGCUGCUGCGAACAUUAUAAUCAAUGGAAGCACUCAGGAUUUGUAAACAUGUGAAAACAAAAUUUAUUGACUUUUCAGGGAAAUAAAUUUAAAGGGAUACUAAACCCAAUUUUUUUCUUUCAUUAUUCAGAUAGAGCAUGCAAUUUUAAGCAACUAAUUCACUCCUAUUAUCAAUUUUUCUUUGUUCUCUUGCUAUCUUUAUUUGAAAAAAAAGGCAGCUAAGGAGCCAGACAAUUGGUUCAGAACAGUGGACAGUACUUGUUUAUUGGUGGUUGCAUUUAGCCACCAAUCAGCAAGCACAACCCAGGUUGUGAACCAAAAAUGGGCCGGCUUCUAAACUUAAAGGGGCAAUAAACCUAGCAAAUAUUGUUAUAUAAUUCUGCACACAGUGGUCUGGUAGCGGGAGCGAGCUACAUUGAGUUUAAUUGCGAGAUCGGGCUGGCUGUGAUUAGACAGCGUGCCACGAUGCGCUUAGGAGAAAAAACAGACCUGCUCAGUAGAACCAGGAGCGGCGUUCUGUUUUUGUAGUAAAAUAUCCCUCUAACCCUUUGCUUUAGAAAGCUCGCGCUAAGCUAAUGUUAUAUAAUUCUGCAGAAUUAUAUAACAUUAUUUGCUAGGUUUACUGUCCCUUUAACAUUCUUGCUUUUCAAAUAAAGAUAGCAAGAGAAUGAAGAAAACAUUAUAAUAGGAGUAAAUUAGAAAGUUGCUUAAAAUUGCAUGCUGUAUCUGAAUCAUGAUAGAAAAAAAUUGGGUUCAGUGUCCCUUUAAGCCCUUCAGGACAGAGGCAAUUUUUUCAAGUUCUGAACGUAAACAAAAAUCUAGAAUUUGAGCUAUAUGUUUGUUUAACCACAAUUUACCUUUCACAUUAAGUGCACCCACUUAUUAUAUAUUGUUUUUUAGAUGACAAAUAAGGCUUUCUUUUAACAUCAAAUAUUUAUAUAUAAACUAUUUUAUAUGAAUAAAAUCUGUGAAAAAUUAAA